AAGCAGAUCAGAUUGGGGACUCCAAUGAGUGAAGUAAUAGAUUUUCACGAGGCCAACUUUGUGUCUCUUCCAGACCAGAGCAAUGUGUAUGGUUUGGUUCAUCUCAAUGUGGGGGACCUCAAUAAGCUGGUAGUGGCCACCGUGCGGGCCCAGAUACUCUGUCUCGAGUACCAGAGAGACACUGUUCGACCGCUCCUCUCUCCCAUCAACUUCACAUACAUCCCUGCGGAUGCUGAGGUCAUAUCGAUCGAUGCGUUUGUCAGGAAACCAAAUAGUGUCAUAAUUGGAGUAACCCUCGUGAAGAGAGACUCGGAUCCAAAGGAGUUUUAUUUCAAUCUCUAUGGACUCCAUUCUAUACCCUCUGCUCCUUUCAACUGGGACAAAAUAGCUGAGGACUGGCAGGCGAGACACUCAAUUUCACUCCCUUUCAGCUCAUGCACACACAGGGAUCACUGGGAGACUGUGUUUCUCCUCACGGGAGAUGAUUUGAAUGUCCACCUCUACCAAGAAAUCCGCCAAGCUGAGGAGGUGAGUUUCGAAGAGACUCCCACAGGUAGGUGGUUCCCAGAGCUGAGCCAGUUGCCGAGCAGUGUGACCUACCUGGACAUGAGGGUGGUGGGGGACCAGAGACUGACUGCCCUCGGGUGCCAGGCCGGCCAGCUCAUGUGUGCCGUCACCAACAUCAUCUCCUGUGAGUCAACAGAGGCUGGCAACUAUCAUCUAGUGGUUGGAUCAGCUCUGGAACUGGGAGUAGUCUUCCUGAAUGUGAUGGAGGGAGGCUUUGGGAGGUCAGUGGUACUGCCUGACUCCCACAAACAUGACAGUGUGCUGUGUGUGGAGCUGGCGGAUGUCGACUGGGACGGCCAGCAGGAGAUCGUACUAGGCACUUUUGGGAAGGAUAUUCUGGUGUACAAGCUGUCAAUGAAAGGCAAGUGGAGAUAUUAUGCAUCAACCAGCUUAGAAAGUUUAGUGUCCUUUGUUCUACUGUACGUAGAAGGAGAUGUGAUGGUGGCAGAUUUGGUGUGGCAGCACAGUCUGGCUCACAGGAUCCACUGUAUGUGGUAUGGAGACCUGACUCACGACGGACUCUCUGAACUGGCCGUGGUCUCCACUGGAGUGAGCUCUUCCGAGCUCGGACCAGAGAAUUGCACUGCAACUGUAGCAAUCAAACCACUGUCAAAUAGAGUCACUGUCUAUGUUCCCUCUGGAACUACGUGUUUUGAGUGCAUCAUUGGUGGAGUGAUAGCUACUGAUGCCACGUUUGUGAUAGGCAACUCGCCAGUCAGUGAGGGAACUGCUGUGGUGAAUGGUACACUAGUAGUGUUUGACACUGAGGUCUUCAAUAUAUCACCUAAUGUACGAUGUAGCAGUGGUGGAGUGACUAAUCAAGUCAUUGUGGAGCACACCAUUCUCAGAGCUCCCCUGAUUACGGGAGACACUACAGUCAAUGAAGGAGAUACAUUACAUCUGAUGUGUGACUCUUCCAACUCCAGACCACAACUACCUCUUGUCCAUUGGCUCUCUCCUGAUGGAGAGUUCCUUGUUUACGGUUCACCCCUUCUGAUCAGUAAUGUCACUAGGGACAUGGCAGGGAUCUAUACUUGUGUAGCCAACCAGUUUACACUCACCAUGAACAGCUCUGUGGAGAUCAUAGUCCACUUCCCCUGUGACAAGCUAAAGUCUACUGACAUUAUCAUAGUGAACAUGAGCUCCACUGAAGAGGGCAGUAAUGCUACCUAUCAGUGUAGAGAUGGUCCCACUGAUGUGUACACUACUCAGUGUACCAGUACUGGAGUAUGGGACCCUCAUCCUUAUACACUGGAGUGUAGUAAAGAGACAGUCACAUGUGAAAAGCUAAAUUCUACGGACACAGUCAUUGUGAUGAUGGGCUCCACUGCAAUGGGUAGUACUGCUACCUAUCAGUGUAGAGAUGGUCCCACUGAUGUGUACACUACUCAGUGUACCAGUACUGGAGUAUGGGACCCUUACCCUUAUACACGGGAGUGUAAUGAAACUGAUCCAGGUGUGUCAUCUGGCACGGGAGAUGUUGGACUACCAGCCAUUUUUGGGGUGGCUAUUACUCUGCUUCUGGUGGUGGUACUCUGCACUACUACAGUUGUUGUAGUGGUGUUUGUUCUAAGGAGACGGACAAGUAUCAAAAGAUGCUACAAGCAAAGUUACAAAAGUGACACAGAAAGUGUUGGAGAGGUGUCUGGAGAGAGAGGUAAACAACAGAGGUCAUUGGAGCUGCAGCAGACGACAGCACCGUGCUCGGUUAUUCAGACAGUACCUCAAGAGACAACAGAGCUCAAUGGGCAGUACUCUCUGGUCGAAGCAGGACCACAGGAGACCACGGAGCCACACACACCGUUGUAUUCAGCCAAAGAGCUGCCAGUCCAAACAGACCCACAUCAGUCCCCAGACCCCAAUGCACAGUAUGCAGUGGUCCAAAAGAAGCCAAAACAGACCAAAGUGCUGCCUGUUGAACCACAUGGUACAACAGAACUCAAUGACCAGUACUCUGCGGUCCAAGAAGCAGUAAAAUGUGGGGAAAGACAUGGAGACGAGGAAAGAGACCCUCGUCUAUGCAGAGGUGGGUCCACACAUCUCUCAGACUCGCAGACAAAUGUUCAACCCCCAGUCAGACAGAGUCCAGUAUGCCUCUCUGGACCCACACUGCCACAGUGAGGGCAGUACCACCAGCAGCAGAGCCUCUGCAG